GGGAGAAAGAAGAGGAGGAGGAACCAGAACUCUUCGCUCGGUCACGUUAACAUCACUUCUCCGCCGCAUCGAAAGGCAAACACGCUUCAGAAGCUGCCGAGGGAGAGACCAGAGUGUCUGCAGGGUGUCUGUCAGUUGUCAACAAGAGUAUGCUCCUUCUUCCUCCUCCUGCUCUCUCCUCUUUAUCUUCUCCUUCUUCUAAUUCUUCUUCUCGGCAGCCGCGAGUUACACGUUGUCACUGAUUUCCAGGAGACACUUGUGUGUGUGUGUGUGUGUGUGUGUGAAACAGCCGCGUGAACGAGUCUCCUCUCCUGAAGCAUGGAGACUCAACUGCUCUGAUUCCAAGUGGGAUUUUUCUUCCAGAAUGAACUUCUCUCUAAAUAAUGGAAAGUUGACAGCUUGAGAGGAACCUGACUAACAGAAGUGUGACAGGAUAAAGAGGAUAAAGCUCUCUCUUCAGAGGCAGGAUCAACUGAAAAAAAGUGUCAUGGCUGCAUAUGGACAGACGCAAUACAGCCCCGCCCUCCAGCCUGCAGGACCAUACACACCUUACACUCACCACACACAGGGCUACAGCAUGCCGUCCUACAACAUAAAAACAGAGGACGGUCUAAGUCAUUCUCCAGGACAGACGGGACUAUUGGGCUACUCAAACUUCAGCAGCACUCCUCCCAGUCAAAGUCUGUACAGCUAUUCACAUACACAUGGUGGUGGUAUUUCAUCGGGAAUAUUUCAAGGCACCCACGCGAUCUCCAGCACAACCCCAUUCAACCCUACGCAACAAGAGUUUUCAGCGUACUCCAGCUACAGUCAGAGUCAGUACUCUCCGUAUUAUAACUCGCAUCACUACAACAGCCCGUACCUAACCAGCAGCAACAUCAGCCCCGCUGCCAUCACAGCUCCGAUAGCCUAUCAGCAUCCAGAGCACCCCGUCAUGCUGCCCAACCACAGCCCAGAGUCGCAUACAGGAGAGUACCACCCACCGCCCAGCCCCCCCACACCAGAUAAAGAGGAGGGGGUCGCAGCGCGCCGGGGCUCAGAUGGGAAGUUGAGAGGGAGGAAAAGAGUCAGUGACCCCACUCCACCGCUGGACUCUGAUAUAGAGCGAGUGUUUAUCUGGGACCUCGAUGAAACCAUCAUCAUUUUCCAUUCACUCCUCACGGGAACCUUCUCCUCACGAUUUGGCAAGGACUCCUCAAAGGCAGUGUCCCUGGGUUUAUGGAUGGAGGAGAUGAUCUUCAAUCUGGCCGAUUCAAGACUCUUCUUCAACGAUCUGGAGGAAUGUGACCAGGUUCAUAUUGAUGACGUUGCAUCAGACGACAAUGGACAGGACCUGAGCACUUACAACUUUGGGUCGGACGGCUUCCAGAGCCCAGCAGGGGCUGGUUCUCUGUGCCUGGGGUCAGGAGUCCAUGGAGGAGUGGACUGGAUGAGGAAACUGGCUUUCAGAUACCGCAGAGUCAAGGAGAUCUACAACACGUACAAGAUUAAUGUUGGCGGCUUGCUGGGCAGCCCUAAGCGUGAGGAGUGGUUACAGCUGAGGCGAGAGAUGGAGGUCCUGACUGAUCUGUGGCUCACUCAAGCACUCAAAGCCCUGGCUCUCAUCAACUCCAGGCCAAACUGUGUGAACGUGUUGGUGACCACCACCCAACUCAUCCCCGCCCUCUCCAAGGUGCUACUGUACGGCCUGGGCUCGGCCUUCCCUAUAGAGAAUAUAUACAGUGCCACCAAGACAGGCAAAGAGAGCUGUUUUGAGCGCGUUUCUCAGAGAUUUGGUCGGCGAGCAGUGUACGUGGUAAUAGGAGAUGGCGCCGAAGAAGAGACCGUGGCCAAGAAGAAGAACAUGCCUUUCUGGAGGGUGUCAUGUCGGGCAGACCUGGAAGCUCUGAGCCAUGCACUGGAGCUGGACUACCUCUAGGUGGCGCCAGUCACCACACUCAAUCAUGAAACCAUCCUGAAUACCUGACUGCAGCUAGAGGGGUGGAGUCGCCCCCAGAGACUGAUGCAGAGUCAGUAUUACUGUUUGGAGGGAGCGCCGAGGCGUACAGUGUCUCACCACUGUCAAAGGACCUGUGUGGAUUUCGAGGCGAGGCUGCAGUGUUUCUCCGACACAUAAACAUUCAGCCAAAUAUACUAGACCAAAGUAAAAAAAAAUAAUAAGGGACCAAAGCUUUAUAAUUAACACCAAAAGGUUUUUUUAUUUUGAUUCAGAUCAUCUCAUGUUUUUUGGUGACCAACUCAUAGACACAACAAAUGUUGCACUGAAAACCAAAUCUUGCAUCCCGUUAAGUGAGCACAGUGGGUAUGUCUACGUAUUUUGUUAUGAGGCUUAUCUCGGUUUCUUUUGUUUUUUUUCACUAGCCAAAACUUCAAUGUUAAUUACAAGUUACAAGAUGCAUGGGAUACAUUUCCUUCACUAUAAUUUUAAAAUUGUUUUUUUUUAUAUAUAUCAAAUAGACAGUAACAUACUCCACGUAGUAAGAGGCUAGUGAAAAUGUUUGUCAAUGAAAUGUGAGCUAUUUAUUCUACAAAACAAUGAGGUAUAGAAUAUAGUUUGGGAUCUUUACAUAAA